AUGGGGUCAUAUUCCUUACCCAACCCAGCGACACCUAUCGAAACCAUUCCGCCUAUCACACAAAAGCCCUCUCGUCGAUUCAUGUACUACAAUGGCCGAGCUGUUGCCCUGAUGAAGCAACAGAACAACUCGCAAGUAUGGCCAACUGGUUUUAUAGAUACCGGCGUAUUCAUUCGCGACGCCAUUAACGGAAUCAACACUUUGGGUCUCGUGUCUGAUGGUCUAUUUCUGUGGAUUGCUCAGAACAUGCCCGCAAUGGGAAAUCCUCAUGUGGGGGGCAAUGACCUUCCUUCUGGAGGCCUAUACGGCAGCACUUGCGGGAUGACCCAGCUAUAA